AUGGGCAAAUCGAAAUGGCGAUGGGGCGUCAUCUUCGACGCCGGCUCCUCAGGGACGCGUCUACAUAUAUAUCGUUGGGAAGACCCCGCAAAAGCCAUCAAAGACGCAGAUGACGAGGAUUUGGCCAGCUUGCCGAAAGUCGAGACAAAGAAGAAGUGGACCGAGAAGAUACGCCCAGGUAUAUCCUCAUUCGGAGAACAUCCCGAAGAUGUCGGCGACUACAUGAAGGAUCUGGUCGAAAAGGCGGUUGCCACCAUCCCGGAGGAAAAGCACGCCGACACCCCCAUCUUCCUCAUGGCCACUGCUGGCAUGCGGCUACUGCCCCCGCUACAACAAAGGGCUGUGCUGUCCAACCUUUGCACUUACUUCCGCCAAAACACCCGAUUCUCGCUUCCCGACUGUGACAGGCAUAUACAGGUCAUCCCAGGUGAGACGGAGGGUUUGUACGGGUGGAUUGCCGCCAACUACCUACUUGGAGGCUUCGACGACCCGGAAGGGCAUGCUCAUGGGAAAGACCACCACACAUACGGGUUUCUCGAUAUGGGUGGCGCAUCGGCACAGAUCGCCUUUGCCCCCAACAGUACCGAAGCCGAGAAGCACGCUGACGACCUGAAGCUCUUGAGGAUGCGAACAAUGAACGGCGCUUCCUCCGAGUACAAGGUCUUCACUACGACCUGGCUUGGCUUUGGUGUACACCAGGCUAGACAGAGAUACGUACAGAAACUCGUGGACACGUACCUUAUCGACAAGGAGCACGAAGUACCAGAUCCAUGCAUGCCGAGAGGCCUGCGAACAACAGAAGACGGAGAGCUCAUCAAGGGGGUUUCCAACAAGCUGGAAUUGGUUGGCACAGGCGACUUUCCAGGAUGUCUGAAGAUGACCAGGCCCCUGCUUGGAAAAGAUGCUCCCUGCGAAGACGAGCCUUGCCUGCUCAACGGCCAGCAUGUUCCUGGGAUUGACUUCGACGUCAAUCACUUCGUGGGCGUGUCCGAAUACUGGCAUACCACUCACGGGGUAUUCGAAGAAAAGGGCGAAAAAGCCUACGACUACAACACAUAUCAAAAGAAAGUAGAGGAGUUCUGCAGCCAAAGUUGGACCGAUAUUGCGCCAGUAGGAUCUCGGAAAAAGGACCACUCCAAAGAUGCGCAGGAGGCUUGUUUUAAAGCCUCGUGGUUGAUCAAUGUACUUCACGAGGGAAUAGGAGUUCCGCGUAUAGGCAUUGAAAACACCCCGACUCCUGACAUCAACAUUACCAAAGGCAUCGGCGAAGCUGCAAAGGAUAAGGGAUUCCUCGAACCUUUCCAAGCCGUGGAUAAGAUCGACGAUAUCGAAGUCAGCUGGACUUUGGGUCCUAUGGUCUUGUAUGCCGCUGGCCAAGUUCCGCCCAUAGAUGGCUCCGAAAAACACCCUGUUGGGUUUGGCAGUAACGUUAAGGGCAUCCCGAAGGACUUUCAAUAUGCUGGCUCGAACUGGACGGCGCUAUCUACCAUUGGAAACGAGGAUUGGGAUGAUCUAGCCGACGACUUGGUAGAUCACGUCAAGAGGAAGUCCGGAUCCGGAUUUGCUUUAUUUAUUCUUAUAAUUAUCUUUAUCGGUUACAUAUUCCGCCGGAAAGACAGGAGGAUGCGUGUUUAUGGCAAGAUCAACUCGCUCUUUCGCCGUCAUCAGCGCAGACCAGGGAGCCCGCGUGCCAAGUCAAAUCGUGGACUGGCUGCUCUCACAGGCAAGAUAUUUGGGCGAAACUCGCACAACUACGAACGCGUUGUGGAGGAAGGUGAUGCUGCAGAAUUCGAGUUGGGCGAUGUCGAAUCAGAUGAGGGCGAACACUCCGACAGUAGUGGUGGAACCCGCCAGGGAAGGACGUCUGGGUUGGCUACGCCUAAGCUCAACGUUAUGGGGUCGUUCGACGACCUGACCAAAUCCACGCAUCCUGCCAGUGCCCUAGAUCGAAGUGGAUUGGUGGUGAGAACGGAGAGCCGCGAGAGACUGACACCUCACAUGCUGCACGCAGGCCGAAGGAGCAGAGCGUGCAGCCCUACGAGGAUCAAGAGCCCAUUGAUGAGCCCGCUAAACGAGGACUAA